GCCGAUUGUCGACAGUCGAGAAGCGACAACAGUCAGCGAGCAGCGCUGCAGUACCAACGUACAGCGUGUGAUGAUCUCGUGGCGGCUGGUGGUGUAAGCGAGCGUGCAUGGAUCCCUCGAUAAUCGCCGAUGGUCGUUAUCGCGCGUCCGUCGCGGUGUCCGGCACAGCGGGCUGCGGCCGAUCACAUUCAUUUCUACCCCGGGACUCGCGCCAGUCGGCUGUCCACUGCUUAUCCCGAACUGAUAUCCACGCACUUGUAUUAUCGUCGAACGACGGAUAAACAAACUGGCGGCACUACCGCACGCGCGUCAUACACAUCAAAAAUGUUUUGCGACGGGAUUCCUAUACUCGAAGACGCUCUGCUGAACGAUCAACUUUUGUUUGAGUAUUCACCGGCGGAAAGUUUGAUAAACUUCGAGCUGCCGUCUUUGGAUUCCGACAGCAGCGAGUGGCAACUAAGUGAUUUGGACCUCAAUUGUGACAGUUUCGUAAUCGGUGCCAGUGAUACAAACAAGGAAGAGUGCAAUCUCGUCGAUGAUUUGCCCGUUUUUGAUUUUGAAGACUUAGAUAAAAGCAUAAUAGACGAAUGUCUAUUGGAAACUUUUAACUGUGAUAUUACCAAAGAUACACCAUUACCUGCCGCGGACGUUUCAUACAGCACUAAUUCCAUAUGUGCGCUAGAGACACAUGAUUACAUUUCAAUGAAGAACGAGUGGGAGAAGCCGGUGCAAACAACAAAUGCCCACGUUAAAGUUCGUUCUUGGGGUGAACCUAAGUUUUUUCCUGAGCUGGGAGCGUUUCGUUGUCCAGUAGAAGAUUGCGGUAAGUUAUACGCAAAAGCUUCACAUGUGCGAGCACAUUUGCGAAGACAUAGUGGUGAAAAACCGUACCGUUGUACGUGGACAGGCUGCUCGUGGCGGUUCGCGCGAUCCGACGAGCUAGCGCGCCAUCGACGCAGCCACUCCGGCGACAAACCCUACAGAUGCAAGGAAUGUGGCAAACGAUUUGCAAGGUCUGAUCAUCUUGCGAAACAUGGGCGCGUGCACGCGAGGCGCGCUGCCGCCGCCGCGGCUGCUGCCAGGCGAGCAUCAGCCAGCGUCACCCAUCGGAGGUCCACAAGGAGCUUGUUACUAAUGUGAAUGGAACUUGUAACGCAAAGACUCUAUAUUGCCAUUGACUCAUAAACGUGACUGAAAAUAGCCAUAUUGCCUAUUAUGUAAAUAUUUUAAUAAUGUAGAUAGGUAUGUUUAAGUUGUUGUGUUUUAAUUAAGUUUUUUUUAUUAUUAAUAUUUUUCGUUAUAAUAUGAGUGUACCUAUUUGUUAAAUAUAAUUUUUAUCUAGAUCUAUGAUUUACAAAAUAUGCGCAAAGAACAUACAAUAAAAAAUUCGUAAUAUUUAACUAUGUGCAUUUUAAAUUAAGUGAAUAUCAUAAUAUGGCUUGCACAUUUUGCAUAACCUUUAAAAUACCAGUAAACUUUCAAUUUAUUUCAGUAUUUCAGAAUUAGGUAAAAAUGUAUCUAGGUAAUCUUAGUAUAUUAAUUCUCUAAAACCAUACUAACUUUAACAUGUUCCAAAACUUUGUUCUUGAUAAAACUUCUUUUCUUCUAGAGAUAGGUAAUUGAUGUUCCUUGCACAUUAGUUGUAAAUUAUCUAAUUUUAUUUAUUUUCAAAUUAGAGAAUGUCGAAACUAGGAUGAUACUUUUGUUUAUUAUUUUAAGAGACGAUUAUCAAAAUAUAAAAAAAAAAAUUGGAACAAACUUUAAUUCUAAAUAUUUUUAAAUUGCUAGAAUAUUAUAUUGUUGGUAGGUAUAUAUUAAUAACUAUAGGUGUGUAGUGUAUAUCUACUGAUAGUUUUAUGCGAUACUUAGAUAUGUACUACAUUGUUUGAAAAUAAAAUAGCAGGAUGUAAGUUAUCUGCAACUGCGUUCAAA